AUGGACGGACGAAAGGCUUCAGAGCUUGCUCAGCGGCCUGGCUGUUUGGGGUCUCUCGUGCGGUUCUGGCGCCGGUCAUAUGGCGGGGACUAUUCGAUUCUUAUAUUCCUCGUCUUUGCAUGGGUGAUGGUACGUCUUUGCGAAGUUGACGCCCUUCCCAAUACAAAGCAGCAGCUGACUGGUGUAUCAAAGCUACAACUCUUCGUACACCCCUUCCACCAGUUGUUCAGCCUGGAUGAUUCCUCUAUUCAAUACCCGUUUGCUGUCGUUGAGAGGGUACCAGUCUUGUGGUCCAUUAUAUACUCUGGCAUCUUCCCUCUCCUUGCAAUUGGUAUAUGGUGUGCCCUCUUUCGGCCAGGGAGCCACUUCGUCCAUGUCACCCUCCUGGGCCUCAUCGCUUCGCUGCUGGUUACCAUCUUUAUUACCGAUAUAAUUAAGAAUGCCGUUGGCAGGCCACGGCCGGACCUGAUCUCACGAUGUAAACCAGAAAAGGGUACCCCAGAACAUACAUUAGUCGACCAUACAGUAUGUACAUCGACAGACACGCAUAUACUAAAUGAAGGUUGGCGGAGUUUUCCAAGCGGACAUAGUAGUUUUGCAUUUUCGGGAUUGGGAUACCUUUCUUUCUUCCUUACCGGCCAGCUCCGGGCCUGGCGCCCUCGAUCAGGACUUGCUCGUCUGCUUGUCUCCCUAUCUCCACUGCUUGGAGCACUCAUGAUUGCCAUCUCCCGCAUAGCAGAUUAUCGUCACGAUGUGUAUGAUGUUUGCAGCGGAUCAAUUAUAGGUCUAGGGACAGCGUACUUGGUGUACCGCUGCUAUUAUCCUUCUCUGUGGUCUGCAGAUUGUGAUACACCUUAUCAUCCCGAUGACCAGGGGGCGAUGCAUGGCUUCCAACGAGUUGGCGAUGAGGAGCAGGCGUUUCAGCCGCAGCAAGUGUAUAAUGAGCAGGCGUACCAUAUGCAACCUCUUGGCAGCGGGCGGUAA